CCCCAAAAUCUCCGCCGCGCCCCUCACCGCCGCCUCUGGGCGCCUCCGUGCCACGGGGCCGGGGCUGGGGAGGAGGAUGCUGAGGAGCGGCAGCCGAGGGGAGAAGCGCUGCGCCUUGCUCACCGGCACUUAGGAGCGGGGCGAGAUGGCCCCGGCGCUGUGGCUGGUGGCCCUGCUGGGCAUGGCCCGGGCGUGCCCGGAGCCCUGCGCCUGUGUGGAUAAGUACGCCCACCAGUUCGCCGACUGCGCCUACAAGGAGCUGCAGGUGGUGCCCACCGGGCUGCCCUCCAACGUGACCACCCUCAGCCUGUCGGCCAACAAGAUCAGCUCGCUGCAGCGGCGCUCCUUCGUGGAGGUGACCCAGGUGACGUCCCUCUGGCUGGCGCACAACGAGAUCCGCGCCAUCGAGCCCGGCACCUUCGCCAUCCUGGUGCAGCUGAAAAACCUCGACAUCAGCCACAACCAGAUCGUGGACUUCCCCUGGCAGGACCUCUACAACCUCAGCGCUCUCCAGCUGCUCAAGAUGAACAAUAACCACAUGGCCGUGGUGCCCCGGGGGGCUUUCCACACCCUCAAGGACCUCCGCUCCCUGCGCAUCAACAACAACAAGUUCAGCGCCCUGGCCGAGGGCAUCUUCGACUCGCUCAGCUCCCUCUCCCACCUGCAGAUCUACAACAACCCCUUCGACUGCUCCUGCAGGCUCCAGUGGCUGAAGAAGUGGAUGGACAGCACGCUCAUCUCCAUCCCGGAGAAGGACUCCAUCACUUGCAACCUCCCGGAGCAGCUCCGAGGGGUGCCGGUGGGGAAGAUCCCAGACGUGCAGUGCACCCCGCCGUCCGUGCAGCUCACCUAUUUCCCCAACCUGGACACCACGGAGCUCUUUGACGGCUUCACCCUGACGCUGCACUGUGCUGUGACGGGCACCCCACCACCCGAAGUGAGCUGGAAGAUCCGCACCUCCAGCCAGACACUGGAGCUCAGCGGGAACCCGAAGGAGAGCGCGGGGAAGGACCUCCCCAAGCAGGACCCCGAGCGCUUCUUGGUCUUCAAGAACGGCACGUUGGUGAUCCCUCACCUGAGCAAGCGGGAGGAAGGCACCUACACCUGCCUGGCCAGCAACGAGAUGGGGAGCAACCAGACCUCAGUCAAUGUGGCCGUGGCCGGCAGCCAGAAGUACCCGCUGCAGCCCGGGAGGGACCCGGCAGGGGGCAAAGCACAGCUGGGUGACAAGAAGCCGGGGGCCAAGGGAGCAAAGAACAGUGUGCUUACACCAGACGAGAGGAGCAAACCCCUCAGCCCCACCCGGCAGAGCCAACCAUCCUUGGCGGCUGGGAUGGAGCCCACGGGAGACGGGCAAGUCCCUUUCCAGCAUCCUCCCUUUGAGAAGAAGUGUGGCUCCACACAGACCAGCAGGUACAUUUCCAACCAUGCCUUCAACCAGAGCGGCGACUUCAAGCAGCACACCUUCGACCUGGGCGUCAUCGCCUUGGACGUGUCGGAGCGCGAUGCCCGGGUGCAGCUGACACCCACCUACCUGCAGCCCGAGAAGGUCCACCUCAGGAUGCUCUACCUGUGCCAGGAGAGCAGCCAGGGCCACGCCUUGGUGCAGUGGUCCAAGAUUGAGGAAGGGGUGAACUCGUACUGGUUCCAGGGCUUGAACCCCGGCACCAACUACUCCGUGUGCCUCACCUACCUGGGCGAGGACUGCCAAGUCCAAGUGGUCUUCACCACCAAGAAGGAGAUCCCCUCGCUCAUCAUCAUCGUGGUCGUGAGCAUCUUCUUGCUGGUGCUGGCCACCCUGCCGCUGAUGGGGGCCACCUGGUGCCACCUGCUCUCCAAGUACCACGGGAAGACCUACAAGCUGAUCAUGAAAGCCCAGAACCCGGACCAGAUGGAGAAGCACAUGGCCGCCGACUUCGACCCCCGCGCCUCCUACCUGGAGUCGGAGAAGAACUACAACCCCAGCGAGGUGGGCGAAGGCGACGCGGAGGAGGAGGAUGAAGAGGAGGACGAUGACGACGAAGGAGGCAGGCGGAGGACGAGGAGAGAGGCCGAAGGGGCCGUGGAGCUGGAGCGGGAGGAGAGCGUGGCCGCCAGCUCCAUGGCGGAGUCGCAAUCCAAAGCCAACGGCGAGGAGUUCGAGGUGCGCUCCGAGUACAGCGACAAGCUGCCGCUGGGCGCCGAGGCCGUCACCAUCUCCCAGGAGAUCAACGGGAAUUACCGGCAGCGCCCCCGCUGAGUCCCCCCCCCAUUCCCCUCCCCUCCCUCGGGUCCCCAUCGCCCCCAGCAUCCCCCUCCCCAACCCCUCCCGGCCCCGCUGCUUCUCCUCCGAGGAAGGAGCGAGGAGAGAGGGGAAAACCCUGGGUGCUGGUGGCGUGUCCUUCCUCCUCCUCUUCCUCCUCCGCCGGGCGGUGGCUCCCUGGGGCAGGGGCUCGGUGCCGGGGGCUCCGGCCGCGGGCAGGUGCCGCUCCCCCGAUUUCGUUUGGCUGCAGCUCGGCGCUCCUCGCCGCCGCAGCGCAACGAUUCCCCGGCCCCCUCCCGCCUCUGCCUCCCUCCUUCCCCUUAUUUUGUGUCCCCUCGAAGGAAAAGAACGAAAAACAAGCGAACAAGCGAAAAAAAAAAUAAUAAUAAAAAAAAAACAACGUCUGAAAGCAAACGCCCGAUAGCCCCCAAAACCAUUCCGCGGAGAGGAGCGGCUCCGCCGCGCGUUGGCUCAGCCCCGGCGGGUCCCCGCCGCUCCGCACCCCUCUCCCCGGUCCCCUCGGUCCCCCCCGGUCCACCCCAGAGCCCCCCGGAGCCCUCCUGUCCCCCCCGGUUUCCUCCCGCUUCCCUCCGGGGGCUCCCCGAUGCCGACCCCGCCGCAUGCCCGGGGCGGCUCCGUUCAGCACCCGGCGGCUCCGGACAGCUCCGAGCCCCCCCCCCGGCCCCGGGACUGCGAGGGGGGACACCCCCGGCCCCCCCCAGGAAGCCCCCCGGUCCCCCCUCCCCGGUGCCCCUCGAUGUGUGUUGGGUAGAGUAGCGUUGUAGCAAGUGUCUGUGCCGUAGGCGCGCCCGUGCUGCCGGCGGGGGGCCGCUCGUGGGGUCUUUCCCCCCCCCCCUCCGGAGGGGGGUGUGGUGAGGGGCCGCUGCCGUCCCCCCCCAGGGAGCCCCCGGGGCUGGCGAGAUCCGCGGGUGCCUUUCUGCGCCCUUCUGUCUGUGAAAGAGUCAAUAAAAGGGAUUGAAAGUGGAAA